UGGAGCCACCGUCGAAUUGGACGGUGGGUUUCGUGUUGGUCGGCACGGCGGCGGACCGGCGACGUUCAUUGCGGCCGCGGACUAUCGAACGGGUGCUCGCCGAGGCGAUUCUUUGGCUCGCUGCGGGCGGGGCCUUUGGCGUGGACGAAGGAGGCAACGUCGCUCGGCGAAGCUGGCGCUCAGCGGGCCAAAAUGUCGUCCCUCGACUACCUCGAUCUUUGUAGGCUGUGUCUGGUUAAAGACCGUGUCUCGGUGCCCAUAUUUGAGGAUGAGGGCGACGUGCGCCAGAUAUUUCUCAAGAUCACCGCCUGCCUGCCGGUCAAGGUUUCACGUGAAGACAAACUGCCUAAGAAGAUAUGCGAUGAUUGUGUGUAUAAAGUAGAAUUAUUUUAUCAGUUUUGGAAUACAACGGCAAAUGCUGAGAAACAACUAUUGCAAUGGCUCGGUGAGGUUGGUGGCCUGGAGGAUAACCAGAGUUAUGUAACAGAAGUCCUCGACUCAAAUGUGAUGAAACAGGAGAGGAAUAGUGAUAAUAGGUUAGAUGGUAGUGUAAUGCAAGUAGGUGGGCAUCAAAAUAACAUAGAUAUAGGCAUAAUUGACAAUAUGUCUCUUAUAACAUUGCCCACUGGAAAUGAACAAUUUACCACGGUUCCUAUGGACACCACAAGUACUGUACAAACGGUUCAAGCAGUUCCAGGCUCAAGUACACAAACGAGUCAUGAUCAAAUUGCUCAAAAUCAAGCUACUGUACAUUUAGUUGAAGAAGAUGAAGAGAGCGAGGAAGAUGAUAACUCGGAUGAGGGAUGUGACAACGAAGAAGGCCUAGCAGUUAAAGAAGAAACUGAAGAAGAUCAAAGUGAUCGACCCUUGGAGCCAACAACAUUUGUAAACGUAGCAAUACCUUGUGAUGAAGCUGGCCCAUCGGGACUUCAACAGCAAAAAAUUUCAGAAAUUUCUGAAAUAUCAAUGCCUCAAAGCGCAGAUGGUGAUCCUAAAACUGGGUCAGUCGCGCGUUCAUCUGGCCGUGGGCUCUUCAUCUUCGAGCGUGAGUCCUUGGUAAUGCGCAAAUGGCAGAUCCUCGAAUUCGACGGCAACCCCUACUACGCCUUCGUACCCGAGGACAACGACGUGCCCAUCGAGGAAGAUUCGAUACCCGAGCUCAGCGAUGACGUCACCUUUGUCCUCGACGAACAGCUUACCGAUAACGAGGUGGAGGACGAUCGUCGCCUCGAAGACGAAGGGAAAUCCGACGAUUUGAGUGUGAAAGCCUGCAGCGCGGAGGCGUCGAACGAAGCCGACGAGGAUUUUUCGGACGAACAGUCGCUGCAGACUUCCGAAUUGAUGAACGUGAAGCCCGUCAUCGUUAACGGCAAGUUACAAAGUCAAAACGACAACGAGAAGUCUUAUGGAGAUUUGUAUCAGGUGAAGGUUGAGGCUGGCGUCGUUACGCUUGAAAAGCUCGACGUUGAAAAUCUGAAUGUGAAUCAACAGCAGUCGACGGCCGUUGUUGACGAGGCGAAGCUCGAUAAAGCCGUGGCGGAUGGGCACGACGUAACCAACGACGAGGGACGCGAAGAAGCGGAGAUGGAGUUGGACGUAGGUAAACGCGGGCCCGGCACUCCGGCGCUCAAAUGUAAGGCCUGCUCGGAGACAUUUGAAUCGACCAUGGCAUUUAGGAGACACGUAGCCUGGACGCAUAAAAAGAAGGUUUGCAUUCAAGAGAACGGAGCUUACAUUUGCUCGGUUUGCGAUUACCGGAGCUUAAAGAAGAGCCUGUUCGCCGCGCAUCUGCAGCGCAAGCACGAGACCUGGUCGCGCAAACGUCAAAAUUCGACGAACGCCUUUCCCUGUGGCGCCUGCGGCUUUGUCUGCCGAUCCAAGCACUCGCUUCAAUCACACUUCAUUAGGAAGCACACCGACGACUACGAGCACCAAUGCAAAUUCUGCCCGAAGAAAUUCAAAGUCAAGGGCGAUCUGACUAACCACGUGCGCUUCCAUCAUAAGGAGAAGCCUGUUAAUUGUGACGUUUGUGGUAAAUUGUGCUUGAACAGCGGCUCUCUCUAUGUGCAUCAGAAAUGGGCGCAUUAUAAGCCCAAGUUCGAGUGCAUGAUUUGCAAAAGGCGCAUGGUGACUCAGGAGAAUCUCGAUCAGCACAUGAUAAUGCAACACGAAAAGCGCGAGAAAAUCGUGUGCGCCGAGUGCGGCAAGACCUUCAGCAAAAAGGAUUCGUUUAAACGUCACAUGGCUGUACAUACCGGCAACAAGCCCUACGUAUGCAUAAUAUGCAAUAAGCCCUUCGCGAGAAGGUCCCAAUUGCGGCAGCACCUGCUUAUACAUACUGGCAAGAGGCCCUUUGUGUGCGAUAUAUGUGGCAAAGCUUUCACCCAAAAGCCGGGCUUGAUAUGCCAUAGGAAGACGCAUCCGGGUACGCAUCCGCCAUUGCCAGUUAUGCCGAUCGGUGAUAUUGUUAAAGAAUUUACAGAAGGUUACCUGGCGAUCAAUCCGCCAACAAAGAUCGAGGACGAAGAUCAAGAUGAUCCGGAUGAGGAAGAGGAAGAGGAGGAAGUGGAGGAGGGCGAGAUGGGGGUGGGAGUUGAUUUUGGGGAGGAGAAUGAGGAGCAUAUUGAAGAGGUGGACGGGAUGGAGGAUAGAAUAGUGGCAGAAGAGGUGUCGGUGAAGGGGGAAAGGGAUGAAGGGAGGUUCGACGAGGUGUUGGAACAAAAGGUGCUCGAAGAUAAUAUGAAGAAUGCAAAAACAGAACAAGGCCAGGCUGCGCUUUGCCGAGUUCGAGGAAGGAAAGCUCUCAGCCAGAUCGCGGUCGGGACAAACGCUACGAAAAACAGGAUAUGGAGGCGAGAUCGACGACAAAGAGGAUCGAGGACGUUCGGUCGGAACCCCGGACUCGCGACAUCGGGAAGUAAAAGCUCGAGCGGGAGUCACGCGAAGCUCGAGCACAAUCUCAGCGACAGAUGCGACACGAGCUCCGUUAGCCCCGAGACCCUCCGGGAUCACGGGAAAUGCCAUGACUACCGGUGCGAGCACUGCCAGUCGACGUUUCGGCUUCGCAGCCAACUGCGGGAGCACAUAAUGGAGGUGCACGAGUCCUUACCACGGUACGUGUGCGCCGAAUGCGAGAACGUGUUCAAGUGCCGGCAGUCGCUGCGCGAGCACCUCGUGCGCAAGCACACCGAAGGUUUCCGCUUCGCGUGCGCCGCCUGCGGCAGUAAGUUCAAAGUUAAAAGCGACAUGUACAUGCACGUGCAGACGGUGCAUAACGACGAGCGCGAGGCCGUCUGCGACGUCUGCGGCAAGAAGUACAGGAACGCGUUCGCCCUGAAGAAACACCUCUCUAAUGCCCACAAUCGGCGGCCCUUCGCCUGCGACGUCUGCAAGCGCAGACUCGCCACCAAGGAGUCGCUCGAGCAGCAUACGCAACUCCAUUUAAAGAAGGAGCGCGCGGUCUGCCAAGUCUGCGGCAAGACUUUCCGGGACAACGACGCCCUCAAGAAGCACAUGAGGAUACACACGGGGGUGCGACCCUUCCCGUGCAAGAUCUGCGGCAAGGCUUUCAGGAGGCAAAAUACACAUAAGCAGCACCUGCUCACGCACACGGGGGUCAGGCCAUACGUAUGCGACAUUUGCGGGAAGAACUUUACGCAAAAGCCCGGGCUCAUCACACACAGGAAGAAGCACCCGGGCCCUCUGCCACCGUUGCCCUCGAUCUCCAUUGAUUACGUCAUCGCGGACCUUAUGCAGACGAAGGCGAACGCUACUGGUGCACUGAUCGAUGAUCCAUGAUGAGAUAAGCAUGAUGGAAGCCCCGAUAUUGUUCCAAGCAUUUCUAAUGCAUCGCGUUGCGUUUGUAUAAUCGACAUGCCACGUGGAGUAUAAGGCAGUCGUUGUAAAGACUCACCUGCAUUAUCAGUAUUCAUUAGGCCGAUACUACGAAUACUUCGAAUGUCCAGAAAAUGGACAUUUUCAUUAAGUGAGGAUUUAUUAGGUUUUAUCCUCAUAUGUACAUACGCAAUAUUUUCUAUUUAAUAAGCACAUGUUUAUUACUUUUCCACCAUUUUAAAUAGUCUAUUAAUUGAUACA